GCCGCGACUUCCAGCCGCACCAAGUCGGAGCGGGUUUGAAAUGUCGGGAGUCCCAAGUGAAUGAAAGGGGGUGUGUUUGUGUAUCUCUUGCGAAAGUAGGCGGGAAUGAGUGUAUAAAUAUUGAAUACUAAUAUUGGUCAUUUAGUGGUUGAGCAGCGUUGGUUUAAUGAGGCAUUAGUGUUUGGGUGGUUUGCAGCCCGAAGUUGCUCUGAGCUUUCUCCACUUUACCUGAUGGAGCUGGGCAGGAUUCAUUUGACAUCCCGGUGGUACCUGUCAUUGUCUGGUCUGAAUGCGGUCCGUAGAAUCGAGGAGCUCUGAAACCACUUUGAGGAGGCGAGAGGACAGACCAUGGCUUUUGAGGAGAUCAUCAGUAAAGGAGGAAUGGACGUGGGCAUGGAGGGGGAUCGGGGCCUGGUGGCUGGCCGCAGCCAGCGGGAGAAGAGGAGGUCCUACAAAGACCUCCUGAGGGAGGAGGAGGAGAUGGCAGCGCAGGUCCGAAAGACCUCCAAGAAACGACCAAAGGUUCCUCAUCCCACCCCUCCAUCUCGCAGGGACUCGGAGCUGUUCCUGCUGGGAGGAGACGGCCACAAGAAGAAGAAGAAGCAAGGUGACGACUUCUAUUACCGAGACCACGACGGCACCGGCCAGCCCGCACACAAGAAGAAGCGCAAGUCGUCGGACCGCUCGCCGCAACUCUCCUCGCUGCCCCCCCCCUCCUCCCUCUCCUCCUCCUCCUCCAACGCCACCGACACGGCCAUGGGCCUCCUGCAGGCCAUCACCUCCCCCCUGGCCACGGGCACGGCGCCCAGCCCCCACAUGAACAAGAAGCCCUCCUACCCCUCCCUCUCCUCCAAGGACCGCAAGCACGGCUCCACCAGCGGGGGCGGGAACAGCAAAGGAGGCCACUCCUCCCACUCGCGGCCCGCCUCCUCCUCCUCGUCCUCCUCCAAGAAGCACUCCUCCUCCUCCUCCAAGUCGUCCCUGUUCCACGGCGGCAGUGGGAAGGAGGAGCCGCUGGCGCUGCGCGAGGCGGACGGCCUGAAGAUGAAGCUCCUGGUGUCCCCGGAGCGCGACGGCUUCCCGGCCCCGGGGCCGCCCCCGCCACCGCACGGCGCCAAGGGCCCCAGCCGCAAGGAGAAGGAGCGCGGGGAGCGUGGCGGGGCCCCCGGGAAGACAAAGAAGAAGGCGUCGGCGCGGGAGCCGCUGCCCAUCGUGGGGAAGGAGGUGGAGGUGGAGGGUCACUACGGUGGGGGUAUGGGCGACGACAGCUCGUCGUCGGGGGGCGAGUUGGAGGCCGGGGAGUUGGUCAUCGACGACUCAUACACACACCUCUCCAAGAAGAAGAGCAAGAAGAGCAAGAAGUCCAAGAAGAGGAAGGACAAGGACAAGGAGCGCGACAAGGAAAAGAGCGGCAAGGAGCGCAAGCACAGCAAGACGUCGGCGUCGGACGUGUCCAGGGGCCACGGCCACGGGCACCCCACGGUGAGCCACAGCGCGGUGGGGCCCAUGUAUGCCAUGAACGCCCCCCUGCCCCCCCAUCCGCACCACCCCCACCAUCAGCCCCCCGGGGAGGCCCCCCCGGAGAAGAAGAAGAAGAAGGAGGAGAAGGAGAAGCACGGCAAGGAGAAGGACAAGGUACCAAAGAAGAAGAACACGACAGCCUAUCAGGUGUUCUGUAAGGAGUACCGCGUCAACAUCAACGCGGAGCAGCCCGGCCUUGUGUUCGGGGAGCUCAGCAAGAGGCUAGCAGAGGUGUGGAAGGCCAUGCCUGAGAAAGACAAGCUGGUAUGGAGACAGAAGGCUCAGUACCUUCAGCACAAGCAGAACAAGGCGGAGGCCACCACGGUGAAGCGCAGCACCUCCACCGACACCAAGAGCAAAGGGGCCCUGAAGAGUGUGGGCGGGGCCACGGGCCUGGGGUCCCCCUCCAGGGGCUCCGCCGCCGGCCUGUCGCUGUCCCCCGCCCGCAUCCCGGAGGUGGACCCCAUCGACGCCGCCGCACACCUGCAGCUGCUCGGGGAGUCGCUGUCCCUGAUUGGACACCGGCUACAGGAAACCGAGGGCAUGGUGGCGGUCUCGGGUAGCCUGUCUGUCCUCCUGGACUCCAUCCUGUGUGCCCUGGGGCCCCUGACCUGUCUCACCGCUCAGAUCCCUCAGCUCAAUGGCUGUCCUCGGAACGUCCUGUCCAACACACUGGACAACGUGGCCUACAUCAUGCCCGGCCUGUGAGGGCACCCCCACUAGCUUCAGUUGUCGGUCAAGACGAAGCUAGCUAACGUCGGUCGGCGGUCAAGACGAGGCUAGCCUCUAGCACUCAAGAGGACGCUCACUUAGCUUGGUUUUCACGAUGGUGCUAGUAUUUGUUAGCGGUGAAAGCUAAGCUAGCGUUCGAAAAACGCCAAAACAAAAAAACGUCCGUUAGCCAUGAUGACCGCUAGCGUCGGUUGGCGCCACCUGGUGGCCGAGCAGACAACCAGUUUGAGUACAAACGUCGUUCUUCUUGAAUGGCCAUCAAUACACAGGCUUUUAAUCAGGCCACGAAAGAAUAUGUGGAUAUUUUUUAGUUUUUAAAUAGUAUUUUUCAAAAAAGAAAUGUUCUUUUUGUAAUUGUUAUACUUUUAAAGGAAACCUAUUUUGCCUAGCUCUCCCUCGGCACGAAUGCUCGGUUUUACUGUUGUAAUAUGGUGUGUGUUUUCUUAAUGGGUGUGCCCACGUUUCUAUAAGUGUGUGUGUGUGUGUGUGUGUGUGUGUGUGUGUGUGUGUGUGUGUGUGUGUGUGUGUGUGUGUGUGUGUGUGUGUGUGUGUGUGUGUGUGUGUGUGUGUGUGUUAGUGUGUUGGGAUGCAGAAAGUGUUUGAUUGCCACUGUUACGACCAAGGCAGGUUUGUUGUGUACAAAGCGUGUAUGUUUAACAGUGUCAGAUGAUGGUCGCAGACCGGUUAUCUUUUCUACUUGUGUGUACAGAUACAGUUUGGACGGGGUCCGGGUAUUUUACUGGACAUCAACAUAAUAUAUUUCACAACUUAUUUUUCAUUCAUAUACUUGAUGCUAUGCUGUUAAAUAUUUGCUAUGACCUGAUGUUUGCAGCUUUUAAAUCCACCAAGGACUUUGCUCUGUUGAGCCUUUUAUGAGGAGCCUGUACAACACAACUACACACUGACUGUAAGAUACCCCAAAUACUGACAUUAAACACGUUUUUCAAGAAAAUGA